AUGAACCAGCCCUACCCUCUUACUAAGGAGCAAGUUCGCCUGCUUCUUCUUUAUGAUUUCCGAAUGGAGAAGAAGGCAGCCAAUUCCAUCGCCGACAUCAAUACCGCGUUUGGCCCGGACACUGUGUCCAAGAGCACUGCCUAUGAUUGGUACAGUCGCUUCCAGAAAGGAAAUGAAAGCCUGGAAGACCAGCCACGCACCGGUCGUCCUUCGGAGUUUGAUAACUCUGCCUUGCAGGAGGCACUGGAGGCCAACAACCGGCAAACAUCGCGAGAGCUUGCGGACUUGCUGGGUGUCUCCCAUACAACUAUCCUUCAUCAUCUGGCUGAGCUUGGCAAGAAGGCAAAGUUGGGGAUCCACGACAUGUUUUCAAAAAUGAAGAUCAAGCUUCCACUCUGCAUCCUCCGGAAGAAUCCAAAGGAAAAACAGUUAAAGAAGGCCUUUCCACUGCCGCCUCCAUCCCCUGCCCCCGCUCUCCUCGAUCCUCGAUUACCCCUCACCUUGAGACAAAGAAUUUCCAUCAUGGAAUCGUGGAAAGGCAUUUCGUGUGAUAUGACGCCCAUCGGGAUCUCCAUGUUAGUCAAGCUCUUCGAAAACCAUUGUGACCUCCUGAACCUGUUUGAGAAAUUCCAAGGAUUGGAAGUCCAAGACGGGCAAGCGGAGAGGAUGGAACUGAAAGACCACGCCAGAAAUGCCAUCGCCACUCUGGACAACGGGAUCAAGUCCUUAGACAACCUGGACGUGUACUUCAAGUACCUUCACGCCGUCGGGGAGACUCACACUAAGAUACCGGGAUUUGAGAAGGAAAACUUCAAGAAAAUCAAAGGACCGUUCCUGCGUGCGGUGCGAGAGACGCUGCAGGAGCGAUACACUCCGAACAUCGAAUCCAUCUACAGGGUCGCCAUAGAUUUCCUCAUUCAGACUCUCAUCGACGGAUACGAGAAUGCCCUCAAACGUCAAUAA